GUGAAGAUCUCCAGUUACCAAAAGUUAAGUACGUCGUACGAUUACCCAUUUUACGGAUAUCGUGGCCGGCAAUGGUAAACGGCAGAAAAGUACAUGGACCGUGAAAAUGAGGUUUCAGAUUCCCUUGUCCCCGUGCAAACCAUCAGUUUACCUAGCUGAGUGCACGAGGUAUAUACUCCCAGGCCUCAGCACUUGAAGGCUGUUUCCUUCUCUCUACCAUCAUUUCUCUCUGUGUCUUUCGAAUUCAUUCUCAUCAUCAUCAUCAUCAUCAUCAUCCCACAUAAUACAACUCAGUCAAAAGCCAUCUGAGAACAUCAAUAGAACAGAACAGACAAAAACAAAAAUGGCACCCUUGCCAGAAUUCAUCACCAAUACUCCCCUCCACCCUUCAUUCGACCGAGACAUUCGAAACCUUCAUCUCAUAUAUGAUUACGAUGCCGAGAAUCCCGAAACCAAACGGCCCGAGAAAUGGAGGUACGAGAUGUGGUUCUUUUCUGAUAACCGCAUCGUCUAUGCCAUCCACGGAGGUCCCAUGAAGGGCCGCAUCAAUUAUCAAACCUGUACCUACCAAUGUAUCCGGCCGGGUGAGCUGUGGCAGUGCAAUUGGCUGGAAGAAACGGGGACGAUCGUGUCUCUGGUGUACGACAUCAAGAACCAAAAGAUCACGACCUUGAUCGCCUUCAGCCAGGGCCACUGGGAGAACGCAGAGGCCGCACGGGGAGACAAGCGCAACUUCACCGACUUUGCUCGCUGGAGGAAGUUGGCGGAAAUCGGCAAACAGACCGACCGUCUCAUGCUGUCGGAGCAGGCCACCAUACUGGAGAACUUCAAGGGCGCCGGUGAUCUUGUACCGAUUGCCCCUGAUGCCGUCACUUUGUGAGAACUGCUCACCACGUUUAUACGAGUUGUGCUAGGGUUGCUGGGCUGCAUGUCAUUUCUGACGGCACACAACAGGAGCAUUUGACACUCUGUAUGCGUACAUUGACACGAACAUUACCUUGGGUCUGAGCGAGGAUGCGCACCGUGCGAACACGAGGGACAUUGUAUGAAUUUUUUAGAGUGGAACUGCGUCAUUUCUAGGGGUGGAAGGUUUGCCGGUUGUGCUCAGACCGAGCCAUUUUUGCAUGUGUAUCAACAGUAUCAGAGUAGAAUUACGAGUACUAUGUAGAACAGUGCUCAAUAUAUGAUAGAUUUCUCUUA